AUGGCAGGUGUGGUAUACCCCAGACAGGCCCCUGUGGAUUUAGACAUAUACCAAAGCUCCUACAUGAUCGACUACAAACCCUACGGGAAGCACAAGUACUCCAGAGUCACACCGGAAGAGCAAGAAAAGCUGGCCAUCCAGCUCCAGGAGAAAGAGUUUUAUAGGCCCACCCCCAGCCCCAACCCCAAGCUAGAAGAUGGAUACCCUGCCUUCAAAAGACCCUACAUGACCGCCAGAGACCUGGGGCGACCUGGCUUCUUCCCACCACAGGACCACGUGGCCACAGGGGAGGACGAAUGCAGGUUCCUCAGCGCCUGUCCUUCCAUGUCCCCGGCUUCCCACGCUCUGUACCUGGCCCACAGGCAUCCCAGCCGGCCUCGCCAGGAUGCCGAUUUCCGGUCCCUUCUGGAGCCCGAGCGUCAGCCCGCUGCGGAGGUGGGCAAAGGCUACCUCCUGCUGCCUGGCUGCACCUGCCCUUACCACUGUACGGUCAAGGUCCCCGUCUUGAACCGAUGGGGACCCUUGAUGCCGUUUUACCAGUAG